GGCGGGGCCUCGCGGCCCUGCAGCCUCGUCAGGCUCAGUCCCCUCCCGAUAAACCCCUAAAUAGGGACUUUCCCGGGGGGUGACCCUGGCUUUUUUGGCGAAAACCCCCAGUUUAAGGAGGCCUUCCCCCUGGCUUCACGUUGUGGAGUCGAAAGGAACCUUGAAGCGGAGAGUGGGAGCUCGUGACGUGGACCCGAGGAAAAAACCUGCCAACCAGGAUUUAAUAGAAUUCAGCUCUUUCAGGCUUUGGAGGGAAGGCGAUUUGAACGUGAUUUCAAUGAAAAACCCGAUAUCUUCGGCUUUUUUUUUUUCCUCUCUCGGGUCUCGUCACAUGAUGGUCCUACUUUAUUUUUAAAAAUUGAAUGGCGCAUAUUCCCCAGCAUCCUAAAUCUAGUGCAACCUAGUGGCAAGUGGAGAAAAAAAUAACUGCCAACCCGGCUUCCUGCGAGGUCCCUCGGAGUUCUCGCAAAGUUGCGAGCCAGCUGGCAAAAAUACAGUGUGUGGAAAGACUCAACUGGACACUGCCACCAAGAAUCAAGAGAUUUUGGGGUACUGCAGCAAGAAAACGUUAUUUUUAAAAGCUCUGCUCCAAAGCUGGUUACAAAUGAAUACUGCGUUUCCAGUGACAGGUUGGGCAAGCAGAAAGGAGAUCUUAUGACACCAUGCCACAAGGAGAGUGAUCUCUUCCCCUGUUUUCACAAUGGAGGACUCCGGAAAGACUUUCAGCUCUGAGGAGGAAGAAGCUAACUAUUGGAAAGAUCUGGCGAUGACCUACAAACAGAGGGCAGAAAAUACGCAAGAGGAACUCCGAGAAUUCCAGGAGGGAAGCCGAGAAUAUGAAGCUGAAUUGGAGACGCAGCUGCAACAAAUUGAAACCAGGAACAGAGACCUCUUGUCCGAAAAUAACCGCCUUCGCAUGGAGCUGGAAACCAUCAAGGAGAAGUUUGAAGUGCAGCACUCUGAAGGCUACCGGCAGAUCUCAGCCUUGGAGGAUGACCUCGCGCAGACCAAAGCCAUUAAAGACCAAUUGCAGAAAUACAUCAGAGAGCUGGAGCAAGCAAACGACGACCUGGAAAGAGCCAAGCGCGCCACGAUCAUGUCUCUCGAAGACUUUGAGCAGCGCUUGAAUCAGGCCAUCGAAAGAAAUGCCUUCCUGGAAAGUGAACUUGAUGAAAAAGAGAAUCUCCUGGAAUCUGUUCAGAGACUGAAGGAUGAAGCCAGAGAUUUGCGGCAGGAACUGGCUGUGCAGCAGAAGCAGGAGAAACCCAGGACCCCCAUGCCCAGCUCAGUGGAAGCUGAGAGGACAGACACAGCUGUGCAGGCCACGGGCUCCGUGCCGUCCACGCCCAUCGCUCACCGAGGACCCAGCUCAAGUUUAAACACACCUGGGAGCUUCAGACGUGGCCUGGACGACUCCACCGGCGGGACCCCCCUCACACCUGCGGCCCGGAUAUCAGCCCUCAACAUUGUGGGAGACCUACUGCGGAAAGUCGGGGCACUGGAGUCCAAACUCGCUUCUUGCCGGAACCUCGUGUACGAUCAGUCCCCAAACCGAACAGGUGGCCCGGCCUCUGGGCGGAGCAGCAAGAACAGAGAUGGCGGUGAGAGAUGGCCAAGCAGCACCAGCGUGCCUUUGGGUGAUAAGGGGUUGGGGAAGCGCCUGGAAUUUGGGAAGCCGCCUUCACACAUGUCUUCAUCGCCGCUGCCAUCAGCCCAAGGGGUAGUCAAGAUGUUGCUUUAGGAAAACCACGGAAGCUGAAGCUCUUGGUGUCGGUGCAGGAGUCGUUACCCUUUGUCAUCUUUUUAUACUAGGUUUUUGUUUCAAGUUAGUUUGAGAAAUAAGAGCAGUCACCAUAGUUAGUUAGCUUUGCGGCCCAAGCCAGUGACCGAGGCCAUCACCUGUGCUCUGGGGUUUGUCCCUGGGAAAUGUCUCCUCAUCCUUGCCUGCCACUGUGUGCAUUGCAAAGAGGGACAAAAGGGGCUCUCUGGGAAGGGCUCUAAGGUGCCGGUGAUGAGGCUACCCUGUUUUUGUUUUUGAGAUAGAGUCUCGCUCUGUUGCCCAGGCUGGAGUGUGGCGGUGUGAUCUCAGCUCACUGCAGCCUCCGCCUACCAAGUUCAAGCGAGUCUCUUAUCUCAGCUUCCCAAGUAGCUAGGA